AAUAAAAAAACGUUUUGACAGCAGUUAGUGCGGCACUGGGGUUGAAACUGAACAAAAACGAAUUCGCUAUAAAUAAUCAUCAUCAAACAUCAUCGUGUAUUGUUAUACUUUCUACACAAUAUGUAUAGAAACAAUUAAGCGUGUGCUGGCAUCUGUCUCUCGUCGCGUCAUUACUGGAAAAUCGAAUCGAGCGAUGAAAAGGACGGAGUGUAUUCGUUGAUUACAAAAAUGUCUCGCCAAAACACCCGCCUGGAUACUAAGAAAGUGUGCUUCUUUUGAGAGAAAAGUGUAAAAAUUUGGUGUUUUAUUCGAGUGAAAAGUGGAAGAGAAGUGGAAUCAGUAACAAAAUGCAAAUUCAGCCGGAAGGAGCAGAUAACAAAGAAAGCAUUAUCAUCAAGAUGGAAAAUGGUACCGAUCAGAUGGUCACAGGCACCCCAAUUCAAGUGCUGCAGCUGAAUCAAGCCCUUCAUGACCCAAACAAUCAGCAACUACUAUUGCAAAGUUUACAACAGCAGCUGAAUAACGCAAAUGCCGCCGGUCAACAGGUCCAGGUUGUUCCGCUAUCAUCUAUGCCCGGGCAAGGUUUGGUUGUGCCGACAACGGUUCAGCAGACAACACAACCCCAAGUGCUGCAAUUCACGCUGGAUGGGGGCCAGACGUUUCUAUAUCAGCCAGUGCAGCUCCAAGCUGAUUCUAUCCAGAACGUAAACUUAAAAGGGAAUCUAGUUCAAAUCCCGAACCAGACAAUCAGCACCGCUGGAAAUACUACCGGGGGAGCCCCGGUAGUGAUGCUAUCAGCAGCCACUCCCGACCAAAGUGGCAUAGCGACAAUGAACAGUCCAACUAUUUUUGCCUCCACCGUUCAGGGAACGGGUGCAAAUACCGGCCAGGGUGGUGCUAACACCACCACCAGCACCGCCGCCGCCGCCGAAACGAACGCUCAAACGGUGAUCGCGGGAAGUUCAAACAUCGAAACGAUUCAAACGACGAUGGCAUCGGUGGAAUCCGAGGAGGAACCACUGUACGUGAAUGCGAAACAGUACAAGCGUAUACUGAAGCGGCGCCAGGCAAGGGCGAAACUGGAGGCUCAGGGAAAAAUUCCCAAAGAACGACCAAAAUAUCUGCACGAAUCGCGACACCGACACGCGAUGAACCGUGUGCGCGGAGAUGGAGGAAGAUUUCAUUCCUGUAUGAAGAGUGAAGAUCCGGAGUAAUGUUAAGAUGAGCUUGUCAGACUAUUUGUAUUACGUUUUUAAACGCAAGAACGAGAAUGAUGUAAUAAACGUAAUAUUGAGGAA